ACUGGACUGGGCCGACAGGAGUGAGCCAACAGGUGGGAGCUUUCCUGCCUAUGGUCGGCCCCUGGGCACGCUGAGGGCCGGGCUUCAAGCGGCCGAGAAAAUGAUGCAUCCUGUUGCCGGCAGUAUUCCAGCGUUCUGUGGGCCUGGCAAGCCUUCCUGCCUCAGUGAAGAUGCCGUGAGAGCUGCUGGUCAGUUUGAUAUAUAUUCCUCCCAACAAAGCAAAUACGGUCACACAGUCGGCCACAAACCAUUGGUUUGUCAAAGGCAAGACCCAUUAAACGAAACACACUUGCAGCCUACCAGUGGCAGAAACAUAGACAUAAAAUAUGAACUAAAGAAAAAGAAAAACCUCAAUCGAUCUGGUAAGCGUGGCCAGCCUUCGGGAACCACCAAGUCAGCAGGAUACCGGACCAGCACAGGCAGACCCCUGGGAACUACCAAAGCUGCAGGGUACAAGGUCAGCCCAGGGAGACCUCCAGGUAGCAUUAAAGCUCUGUCCCGGCUUGCAGACCUUGGCUGUGGCUGUGGUACUGCUGCCUUUCCUUACCCUAUGAUGCACAGCAGGGCGGUUCACGGGGUUCAGGAACCCGGAGGCGAAGUCAAGCCACCCAGUGAAUGAGCCAGGCAGGACAGCACCUGUUAGGAGCAGACUGAGGCAUUCCAAACAAAGCUGCUUGGUUUAGUUUGACUUACUACCCGGACUUCCCAGUUUUGUUCUUCUAUUUGACCUCCCACUUCUUUUUCUUUCUUCUUUGCUCAGAAGUCACCACAUGUUGACAGAUGCACUUUGAGCAGGAGUAGUGCAUGGUUUCUAUAUUGUACAAGGCUCAGACAACACUCAGCUAAGUCAUUUUUGCUUUCUCUUUGGGCCAUUCUUAGUGGACACUUCACAGGCUAACCAGCUGCCUCAGUUGACUUUCAGUUGUGAGCAAACCAGUGUGUAAGUUUACCUGGGGCAUUCUGAUGGGGCAGAACAGCAGCUAGUCAACAGACCAAAGGGCGUGGCCGUGUGAGUUAGAACUCCAUGAAACAAGACAGCUGUUUGGAUACGUUGGAAUUUAAAACAGUUUCUUGAUUCACAUGACAUUAGUUGACCAUUACUCCUAAUGUGUUGUUUAAUACUUGCUUUGCAGAGAUUAU